CAAAAUCAUGACUACACAAAACGUUGCUUCCGUUUAUCCUUUGCCACCCGAGUAUUACAAACGAUAUACGGACGAAAACCUCAGUAUUCUUAAACAAGUUAAAGAACAAGGAGAAGAAACGUUUGUUGAGUCUGGAGGUGCUCUGCCACAAACUUUUAAUAUCUUAGAAUUGGAACCUCCGCCCCCGAUAACGGAAGGAUAUUAUCACUGUUUUAACGACGCAUGGCCGGUUGUCGAUGUUUUAAAUUCUUUAGAAGAUCAAGGACACAAACAAUUAUAUCCGAAAGGCAAAAUAGAUCGAAAUGUAGAACUUAAGAAACUGAAUCAAUCAGCAAUUUUCAAUUUCCUUGAAUUGCUGAAUUCAUUGGUUAAAGACCCUGACCGAUCUUUAGAGAAAUUUGAACAAAUAAGACUAAUAUUUCUUAAUAUGAAACAUAUGCUAAAUGAGUAUCGUCCACACCAAGCAAGAGAAACUUUGCGCUCAAUAUUAAAAAAUCAGUUGGAGGAUAGAAGACGUGCCACCGAGGAAAUUAAAAAUCGAGUUAAUGAACUGGCUAAAACUUUGGAGACUAUAAAAUCAUCAUGGAAAGCUUUGGAUGAAACUAAAAUGGACAUGGAUACUCAUUAAAUAAAAAGUAAGUUUAUUAGAUUAAUUACCUUUUGUUACCCUUAAUACUCCCUUAAUGUACUUUUUGAAUCCAAAGCAGAAAUUAAAUUAUAAGGAUAGCAAUUUUUUAAAUUUUUAAUGGAAAAGGUAGAUAGAAUAAUAGAUAAUAUAAUUUAUAAUGUAAAUAAUUUUUUU